UUUGCAGCUGCAGUACAAAACAAUAUUCGCAGCCAGUAAAUUUCCACAUAAUUUACUAAAUCGCAGGCAAACUGCUGAAAAUAACAAGAAUAUCAUUUUCCCAGAAGGGCGACAAACGCGCAGCCGACAAGCCGACAGCCGUCCUUUGCAAUCAAAGGACCAUAAACAAACAGCCCCGCUCCCCAAACCAAAAAGUACAAUCCAAAUGCCAGUUAAAAAUGGCGAAUCGGAUGCGGAGGGCGACGUCUCUGGCGCGGAGUCGGAGCGCUCCAAUUCCAGCCAGGCACACGACACCUCCGACGAGGAGGAGGAGGAGGAGGAGGCAAAUGAAUGCGAUUCCGAUGAUUCCUCCGAAAUGGAUGCCACCGAAAUUGAGCUGCGCCGCGCCGAGCACAUAGAGGAUCUGGCCAGCCUCGAGCGACAGUUUAGCCAGCUGCGCGAACAAUAUUAUUACGAACGCAUCAGCCUCAUUGAACAGCAGCUGUCAGAUGUGCGUUCCGGUCGAUCCGAGGAGUUUGUGCAGCCUCAAAAGGAGCUGGACAAGGUGUAUCGGACGCGCAUCGAGGUCGCCGAUGUGCUGCGCAAGUUUCGCCUGCAGAAUAUCGAACACAAAUAUCUGUCCGAGGAGCAGGCCGCAUCCCAGCACUUUGAGAGCGAGAAACAAAUGGCGGCGGAUAAUUUGCGCGAGGAUCUAAUGGAGCGCAUACGACGCCUCGAAGAGGAUCGACACAAUGUCGACAUCUCCUGGGAUGACUGGGGCAAUGACAAGCGCCAGAGCAAAGUACGCGGACCGGGACGCAAAAAGGCCGUGACCGUUACCGGGCCCUAUGUUGUAUAUAUGCUGCGCGAGGAGGAUAUUAUGGAGGACUGGACGAUUAUACGCAAGGCGCUGAAACGUUCCUCCACGGCGGCCGUGACAGCAACGCCGGGCGUUGCCCCAACAAUGCCGCACGGCGUUACUGGCCUGGUGGGUGUGCCGCUAACUGCCACGGCCAUGGCGGGCGCCAAUGGAUAACGGUGGCGUGCCGCUGCCUAUGCCCAUGCCCGUGCCCGUGCCCGUGCACGUGCACGCAACAAGGAGCUUACCUGAUGGCAGCGUAAGGUAGCAAAUGCUCUCAUAACCAGACCCAAGCCGCGUUACUCCUGUUAUUCGCUGCCCCCCUCAUGAUCAUGAUGAUGCUGUUGAUGAUGAUGAUGUUGAUGUUGAUUAUGAUUGUAAUAAUCAGACGCUCGAUUAUUGUUGCGAGCCAUUAUGCUACUAAACUCUUACUGUCUCUAGUAUAAGAAACAACAAACCGAAUGUCAAUCCCCCAGAAGCCCGAAGCAAAUUAAACUUAAGUCAAAAUUGUAGCAUAAAUAUAUAUAUAUACAUACAUUUAUGUAUUUAUGUACGCGCAUAACUUUGUAUAUAUAUAGACGUAUAGAGCGCCAAUAUCCUCUGCCCUCCCCCCGCGCCUCCAUCCACAAUGAUCGUGUCCCGAAAACCGUGUAGAAAAGUCACACAUUCAGUAUAAACGACUUGCAAUAAUGACACAUAUAUAUAUAUAUAUAUAUUUCGAUAUAUAUAUAAGUGUAGAUCUGUACACUAAAUAAAGCCAAUUCUUUUUUUUUGUCUCAUUAAUGUAAAGCGAAGCAAACUUUUGUUUCUUGAUCAGCUCAAGCUAAGAAUCUAGAUGUUAUAUAACUUUAAGUAGAUAUUAGAUAUAUAUAUAGAUAUAUAUACUAUGAAUAUUAAAUGUGUAUUGUAUGGAGUUGUUCGCAAAAGGAAUUUAAGUUUCAAUUCAGUUUGUGGAAGCUCUCAUUUCCGAGACAUAUGUAAAUAGAGCUCUUUGUUUAGUUUUCGUCGGCUUUGCUUUGGAUUCGUUUAGAUCCAUAUUUAUAUACAUAUAUAUACAGCUCUAUGUGUGGUCUGUUUGGAUCAUAAACAACAAAUUAUUAAACAAUAGCCCAAACCGUGAAAUUCGCAUUAUUUUCCUGUUAGUUUGCGCUAAAAGUUUCACCUUGAAGGGUGGAAAAUGCGUGGAAACAAACCACUUUUAUCGAAAUUCACUGGAUAAAGUUCAAAUUUUGUGGGAUCGAAUCGAAAUUUGCAUAAAAUAUCAAAGGAACUGGCUUGGGGAGAGGCGAGCUUGUGGGGAGGGCUCCAACAUUGGAUCACAUAAAGGGAUUCCAGAUAAUGGAGGACAUGCCCCCGACAUUGGA